AUGAAGAGCUUGGAGCGCGUUCCAGAUGUGCUUCCUUCCAGCAUCCCCAUCCCCAGCAGUGUAAUCACAGUGACGUCUUAUUUGUGGUUUUACAUGCAACGUGGAUUCAUGAACAUACCCGGUGCCCAAUAUGUAGUCGAUUAUGUUGCAAAAUCGCACCAAGAUGACCCAUAUCGUACAAUGAUUGAGAUUGCGUUAAUUAUCUAUGGAAUUAUCUAUUACUUGAACAAGCCGCGAAAACAGGGUGAACAAAUUCAACCACCAUUGUCAUUAAAGGAGGAGGAACUGCUCAUUGCUGAGUGGCAGCCUGAAGAACUUGUUGUGCAGGAUGAACGGCAAAAUUGGCGUCUAGGCAAGGUUCCAGUAUUAGCUCAGGAGGAUGAUCUAGGGCUGUAUUUCACUGUUGAGCGUGAAAAUGGAGGUGAGAAGUACACAGGUGUGUUAAAUAUGGCAUCAAAUGACUUUCUACACUUAUCACGGAAGCCUGAAGUGGUUGAAGUUGUUGAACAAACAAUUAGAAACUACGGUGUUGGUUCUUGCGGCCCUGCUGGGUUUUAUGGGAAUCAAGACGUACAUUACAAUCUAGAGUAUAAACUUGCAAGAUUUUUUGGAACAGAAAAUGCUGUUUUGUAUGGUCAAGAUUUCUGUGUUGCCUCUUCCGUUGUGCCUGCAUUCACCAAGCGUGGUGAUGUGAUCGUGGCGGACGACCAAGUCUCUGUCUCUAUGCAGAAUGCAUUGCAAUUGAGCAGAUCUACUGUCUACUACUUCAAGCACAACGACAUGAAAUCGCUAGAGGAUUUGCUUGAAGAAUUAGAUCAACGUGAACGUGCUGAUUGUUUACCUGCAAUUCCUCGUAAAUUUAUCGUCACCGAGGGCCUUUUCCACAGUUCCGGUGAUUUGGCACCUCUACCGCAAUUGGUGGAAUUAAAGGUUAGAUACCGUUACCGUUUGAUUGUAGAUGAAACAAAUUCAAUUGGUGUGCUGGGAGCCACUGGAAGAGGACUUGCAGAACAUUUUAAGAUGGAGAGAGACAACUCCAUAGAUAUUACUAUUGGUUCAUUGGCAUACUCUCUCGGUUCUUCAGGUGGCUUUGCACUUGGUGACAACAUCAUGUCACAGCACCAGCGCAUUGGAUCGAAUGCUUAUUGCUUCUCUGCAUCUCUACCACCAUACACAUGUGCUGCAGCUCUUAAAGUCCUAAAGUCCAUGGAUGAAGACAAUUCCGCUGUUCGUGCGUUGCACGCAGUCACCAAGCCCCUCCACACCUUUUUCAGUAAUGACCGUGAACUCAGAAAGUUCGUGGUAGUAACAUCCAACGAACACUCUGCUGUGCUUCAUUUGCAAUUAACCAUGGCUCUACGUGCCAGACUGUUUGGGUCUACCAACAAAUCCGUUUUCGAUGAGCUCUCCCAGCUACACGCUCGCUCGCUCACUAACAAGUACGUGGAAGCCUGGGAACAAGAAGAACUAUUUCUGCAAAGUAUUGUAGAUCGUGCGCUCCAGAGCAAAGUCCUCAUAACGAGGAAUGCUAUAGCCUUAAAGCAUGAGGCUUUGCCUAUCGUCCCCAAUUUAAAGAUAUGUGUUAAUGCCUCCAUAUCACGUGAGCAACUACUGUCCGCCUGUAAAAUCAUCAAGUCAGCUGUUCUGGAAUGCUGUAUUGCAGCAACCACGAUUGCCCUUUGA